AUGAUGAUGGUGGAGGUGAGGAUGAUGGGGGUAGUGAUGGAGGUGAGGAUGAUGAUGGUGGUAGUGAGAAUGAUGGAGGUGAGGAUGAUGGUGAUGGAGGUGGACUCCCCGAGGUCAGAGGUCACCCCGGAAAGCCGCGGAUCAGCAUCACAGGAGCCGGAGGACGGCGGGGGGGAGGCGGCUCCGUUCAUCUUGGACCUCCAGAGCUUAUUGGGGGCCAAUCUGACCUCCCAGAACCCCAACAUCCAGGUGACGAUCGAGGUGGACCCCGGGGCGGAGGUGGAGUUGGAUCUCUCGGACUCGCGCACGGAUUGGACGGACCCGGAUUGGGCGGCUCAUCAUCGGCUCUUCUGGCCCCUCUUCUGGGAGUACAAUGACGUCCCCGGAGCAGAGACCUCCACCCCGGGCCCCCAGGGGCCAGACACCGGGGGCGACUAUUCCUCACAGUACGAAUGGGAGGACACCCUGAGUGGGCGAGAUCCCACCGGAGACAAAUAUCACUACGAUUACGAGGAGGAGGAGUGGAGUUCCUGGUCUCCGUGUAGCUCCACCUGCGGUCGCCCCUCCCAGAAACGGACGCGCUCCUGCGGAUAUUCCUGCACCGCCACCGAAUCCCGGGUGUGUGACCUCCCACCCUGCCCAGGGGAAGACGACACAGAAAACUCCACCCACUGGGAGAGACGACACACACAGGGCCCCCGAUGCGCUCACCUAUCCUCAGGGCGGAGAUGUAGUUGGCGAUGA